AGUUAUUAUCUUCUUUAUAUGGUUAUCUUUAUCAAAAUUCAGAGGGAGAAAUGUACCUGAAAAUUAUUCUCUAUACCUGCAUCGUCGCUUUGCUGCAAGGCCAACUGCUUGUGGCUCACGGAUUCAUAUUCCAGUCGCCUGAACAUGAAGAGAAAGUGGAUGUCGGUUGUCGCGAGUGCCACGCAGCGGUAGCCAGCAUCGAGGAGCUACUCAGCGUGGGCGCCAGUGAGCAGGAGCUCGAGACUCUGGCAAUAGAAAUCUGCAUAGACUUCCAUCUCUUCAUUGAUGACGUCUGCGUCGAGAUGGUGCAGCUUGCUGCCCCGCAAGUAUUGUACGUGUUGAACACGACGGAGCACGACGUGGACACCGUGUGUCACGUCUUCUUCGGCACGUGCAAGUCAACUCUGCCGCCGUGGUCCAUAGACGUUCCCGGGGGCAAGCCUGACGUCGUGCCGCCGGUUGUCGGGGAUUCAACGUACCGUAUCCUGCACUUGUCUGACACGCACUUCGACCCAGAAUACACUGAAGGAACAAUUUCCAACUGCGACCAUCCUUCUUGCUGCCGCGACUGGAACGAUACCAUAACUAACGACACCGUCUUCGCUGGCCGCUGGGGCUCCGAACGCGGCAGCUGCGACCCGCCCCUGCGCACCGUGGAAGCUGCGCUCGAGGUUGCCCGCACUCUCAAUCCUGAUAUCAUCUACGUGACGGGUGACCUGAGCCCACACGUGGUGUGGAUGUUGACGGAGGAAGACAUCCGCGCGUCCGUGGUCGACACGGCGGCCGUCAUCCGCCGCUACUUCCCCGACACACCCGUCGCCUACACGCUGGGCAACCACGAGACUGUGCCUGUCAAUAGUUUUCCAGUUCCUGACGUGUACCCGGACGGGUACUCAAUGGACUGGCUGUACCCGCUGCUGGAGACUGUGUGGGGGGACGGAGGAGUGCCCGAGAGUGCCAUGGACACUGUACGCAGGGGUGGGUACUAUCACUGGUCUCCUGUGCCAGGACUACGCGUCGUCUCCCUCAACGUCAAUUACGGAUACCAUGAGAACUGGUUUUUGCUCAUAAACCACGUGGACCCCACCGGUCAGCUUGAGUGGUUGGCACAAGUUCUCCUAAAUGCUGAGGCAGCGGGUGAGAAGGUGCACAUCAUCGGACACAUCCCCAUAGGGAGCUUGCUGGAAGCCUUCAGCCACAACAUGAACUUGCUCAUAACAAGAUUCGAGUCGACCAUCGCCGCUAUAUUCGUGGGGCACUCCCACUUCGACAAGGUCCAGUUGCACUGGGACGUCGAUAACAACACUCGGCCCGUUAGCAUCGCGUACUUCGCCCCGUCUCUCAGCUCCGACGGGCUCAAAAGUCCGUCGUUUCGGAUGUACGAAGUAGACGGGCCUGGUGGUUCGUGGACCGUCCUGGAGUCUCUGACCUACUCCAUGAAUCUGACCCUGGCGAACGCCGGAGCUGACCCUGCCUUCCCCCUCGCCUACUCCGCCACAGAGGCAUAUGACCUGCCCGACUUGUGGCCCGCCUCGUGGGCCGACCUUGUCUUCCAGAUGACCGAAGACGACGAUUUAUUCAAUGAAUUUUAUGGUCAUUACUGGAGCUUCUGGGCCGACCCUCCCGAGCUGCCCGACUGCGGGCCAGAGUGUCGGGCCGACUUUCUGUGCCCGUUGGUGGGCGGUGACCGGACCGACGACGAGCCUUGCUUACGCAUCAAGGCCUUAGUCCCUGGGUACUACAACGUCACCGAAAGCUUUGUUUAUUAAUUGAUGAUUACUUAUUAAAGUCAUCGUGCACUAAGAGAAAUGUGUAAGAUUUUCUUCAAAUAAUGAUGCAUUUGUUGCCAACGAGUGGGUCAUCGAAACAAGUUUAGUCCGGCAAGAAGACGUUUCUAACUUAGGUCCGCUUGCGGACGUAAGUUGGCUAAGAAUGGCAUUGACCGCUUGCGCUGUGACUAAGAAAGCUCGGCAUUAUUUGGACAAUGGGACCCGUUAAUAUUUAUGAGUGUAAAAUUAUUUAGAUCAGUGUAUAAAUACAUGUGGCGAGAGAUAAUUUUAUAAAAAUUUGUAGAUUGUAGACGAUGCAAUGCAAUCAUUUUAAAUCAUUUUUAAUCAUUUGCAAUUUCAAAGAUAUUUGCAAGGGUAAUAAAAAUGCGCAAAGUUCGCAGUCGAAAACAUUUUAUUCCGGGUUGUAAAAUUAAAAGGAGUCUCCGAAGAGUUUAUGAAACAAUACGAACAUCGAGAACAGAAUUCGACUUAAAGUUUACCUCUGAAGAAAGUUGAGUAAAAUUUGACUUUUUUAUAAAUUAGAAUUCAGGAAUAAACUUGAUUAAAUAUAUAAUAAUUUGCCUGGUUAGGAAAUGUCUGGUGAAGGUUUGUAUAGAGAGAACAAUAUAAUACUGGAUUUACUAAGGAAUUUUUUUUAAUAUAUA